CACAAACGGUCUGCUGGUUUGUAGUUCUGCAGUAUUGCUGCUAUCAGAUAGAAAAUGUCGGGUAAGAUGAAGAGCAGGAGUGCGGUGAAUGCGGAGCCGAGCUCUGUAUCCUGCGAUGAGCGCAUUCUGCGGGACUGCCAUCAGAUGUACACCGAUGCAGACAGCGGCUUGAUAACAAUAGCCCAGUCUGUUGGACUAACUUUGCUGCCACCCAGGAAGAAGAUCACUGUGAUGCUUAUGGGCAACCACUCAGCUGGGAAAAGCUCCUUCGUUAACUGGUAUGUAGAGGAGCACAUUCAAAGGACCGGAGUAGCCAUCGAAACACAGGGCUUCACUUUCGUUACAAGUGGGCGAAAAAGAGAGUCACUCACAGGAAAUGCAACUCUCCACUUGUAUCCUCAUUUUAAACCACUUCAGGAGUUUGAAGGUGUGUCUGAAUAUGUCGGCACCGAGAUCUGCACUUCUCGACAGAAGCGUUUUAGCUUGGUGACAUUUGUGGACACUCCUGGACUAGUUGAUGGUGAUAUGAAGUACCCAUUUGAUGUGGACAAGGCCAUCCUUUGGUUAGGGGAGCUGUGUGAUCUUAUCCUGGUUUUCUUUGACCCGAUGGGACAGGCGUUGUGCAAACGCACACUUAACAUUGUGGAGCAGCUGAAUGAAAGGCAGGGAGAUCGACUUCGCUUUUACCUUAGCAAAGCUGACGAGGCUGGUGGGGAGUCUGAUAGACAGAGAGUUAUGAUGCAGAUUGUGCAGGAGCUGUGUAAACGUCCAGGUCUGAACAAGUGUGGCUUUGACAUGCCUACUAUCUUCAUCCCUAAUCCCAACAAGCCCAGCCGAUGUGUUAAUCAGAUAGAGGAGGUGUGUCGAACCAUCGAGAAGACGAUUAAUCAGACGGUGCAGAACACACUUAACACACUGGAGAAGGACUGCGAGCUGAUUUCUGAGGCUGUUACUGAAACUCUUAACAAUGACUGGCAGUGCGGCAGAGAGAACAGACGUGCACGAUGUAAAAGCUGUUUCCUGGGCCUGCUCGGCUUCAGUGUGCCUCUCUUACUUUUGUUUGUUCUGGUGCUGGGAAGCCUCUCCAGAGAGGUGCUUGAGCUGGCACUGGGUGCUGAGGGAUUGGAUACACUUGCUCUGUAUAUGACUCCGGUCUUGGUUGCAUUAGAGUCUGUGUCUGUAGAAGUGAAGCUCUAUAUUUGUGGCGGCUUGGUGCUCCUGUCUUUCAUUAUCCUCCUCCUGGCUCGCUUAUCCGCCCGCACUAAGCCAACUCUUUCAGGAAAACAAAAGAGGCAAUUGCAGGAGAAACUGGAAUAUGUUCAAGAGGUUGUGAAGAACAAAAAGAAGAAGCUGUAUGAAGAGUAUCUCCGGCAGAGCGUUGGUGACCAGGACAUGCACUGAAGUUUGAACAGAAUAUCUAAUGGAGCGGUGAAUGGAUGGACAGGAAUAGAUAUAACAAUGACUACAGUAGUAAAGAAACAAAGCAUAACUAAACAAUUCUGCUAUGUAGAGGUCCAGUAGUAAUGUAGCUUCAAGAUUUCCAGAAUCACCUUCCAGAAGCUAUGCUCCACACCAGCACUGAUGAGUUCUACUGUGCGUGAAGUACUCUAGCAACUCUAGCAGCUCCUCCAACACCAGCACAGUGUAAUAAGGUUAACUGUUGCUCUAUGCAUUUUUUUUUUUAUUCAACCAUGACAAAAACUGUUAAAUAACGUGUACAAACUAGUGUUGUCAAUGCAUACCCAUCAGACUUUCUACUAGAUGAUCUUCUGUGUUUAACUAAAUGCUUUAUGGAUCUGUGGUGCUUAUUUAUGAGCUAUUGUCAUUCCUGUGUUGUGCCUAAUAAUAUUUACCUCACUGUAUGUUUUUAGCACAUAAAAAAUGAUUUAUUAACUAAUUCUUGGAGUGAGUUGGAAAUACUUAAAACUUGAAAUUACUUCUGAGGCUGAAAGCUUAGCAAAUACAUGUAUUUUUACACAUUUGUAUGUCACUG